CAAUCUAUGAUUCUGGAGCCUGAUUCUCUGCUGCCUGUUGUCAUUUCCACCUGUGUAAAGUGCAUGGCAAGUUCCUUCUUUCCUUCCCUGAAGCCCUCCGACAUGGUCUUCAAGAUCAUCUUCUGGCUGGGAUACUUCAAUAGCUGCGUGAACCCCAUCAUCUACCCCUGCUCCAGCAAAGAAUUCAAGAGAGCUUUCAUCAGGCUGCUCAAGUGUCAGUGCCGCCGGCGCCGCCGGCCCAUCUGGAGGGUGUACGACAACCACUGGCACGCUGCCUCCAUGAGCAGCUCGGGGCGGGAUUCCGACAUGGACAUGGGGCCCAGAAUCGCCACCCUCAACAGCUCUUUCAUAUUGAACUCCACCCCUCAGGAAAGAACCCCUAAGAGGCGAACGCUAAGCUUGAAAGGGUGGAAAAUGGUCACAGCUUUCCAAAAACCAUCCUCCACCCAAUUGAAAGAAAAGAUGAACAGCCUCUCCAACAAAAUAAGGGGCUCCAGCAAAGGGGGCGUGACCGCAGCUUAUAAGAUGGAAGUGGAGUCCGUUUCCAUAGGGAUCCCUAACGACUUCAUGGAGGCUAUUGACUACCAAAUGUACGAUUUACCAGACUGCUGCGGGCUCAGAGAAACAGAUAUUUAA